GCAAUCAUGCUUAUGCUGCUACUAAUUAUUCUGUAAAAUAAAGGACAAAGCAAAACAUUCUAAAAUGCGAUAAAAUCAGACGAGUUUUGUGGAAUAUGAUUACGUAAUGAUAUUAUUGUUUUUAAUUGUGAUUGUUAAUAUGAUAUUUACUAUUAAAAGUAAUAAACUUUCUGAUCCAAAUCAUAUGCAUUAUAAUGCAUUACAAUUCAGCUGAUGAUUUCAAAACGGAACGAAACGCAUGUUCUAGAUUCCUUUCCUAGACAUCAUCCACAUCUGCUCAUAAUUCAAUUCUAUGUAGUUGUAUAGGUGAAAGGAAUGAAAUGAAGCAAAAUAAUCGUACUUGUUAACCAAUUACACAAAUACUUUUGAAAUUUGUGAAACGAAGCCAACUGUAUGAUAUUGUCGAUGUUUUGUAUUUGAUAGUACAAUGUACAAAUCUGGCAUUUUUAAAACACCAAAUUAUCCAAAAAAUUAUCAAUAUGAAUUAAAUUGUUUAUUAUAUUAUUUUCAUGGUCUAUCUACUGAAUUGGUUAAAAUUACAUUUACAACAUUCAAUUUAAGGAAACCUAUUGAGAAAAAAUGUAUAGAUUACUUAGAUAUGUUUACUACAAUAGAAUCCAAUGAUCAACAAAUUACAAAUAAUGAAAUGAUGAAAAUACCUUCAAAAUUUGGUCAAACAUUUUAUAAUUUAUCAACCAAUUCUUCUAGACCAGCUGAUUAUAGAUUAUGUGGGGAUUUAAAUGAUUUUCCACAAAAUAAUUUUUAUUCAAUUAGUUCUAUAUUACUAUUAAUAUUUCAUACAGCUUCUAAAAUUCCUGGUAUAAAACAUAAUCAACAAAUGGGAUUUAUUGGUCAAUUUACAUUUGAUUUAAAAAGUAAUUAUCAAAAUAAUGGAAUACAUAAAGAGAAUACACUAUGUGAUUAUGAAUUUCAUUAUAGUAAAUUAUUAAAUCAUACAACUAAUUAUGGGAAUUUUUUUUCACCAUAUUAUCCAAGUAAUUAUCCACCAAAUAUUAAAUGUCGAUUCAUUUUUAAAGCCAAUAAAAAUCAAAGAAUAAUUUUAACAUUUCAUUCAAUUCAAUUAAAAUCAAUGAAAAAUGAAGAUUCUAUAUACAAUAUAGAAAGGUGCGCUACAAGAAAUUCUAUACCUGUGCAUAAUGAUUUUAUUUCUAUAUCUGAGAUGUACAAGAAUAAAUCAAGAACUUUGGCAUAUCUAUGUACUAAUCUAGUGAAUAUACAACUUGUUUCACAUAGUCCUAUAUUAAGAUUGGACUUUAUCAGUCGUAGUCCUUUCUAUCAAGGUCAAGGUUUUCAUGGAACUUAUGAGUUUGUUCAUGAAUCACAAGUUUUACCUUCUCCAUUUCUUGAAGAAAAUGAUCAACUAGUUGAAACUAAUGAACAUGAAGAGAAAUAUCAAAAUCCUAGAAAUGAUCGAGAUAAAGUAGAAAAAUUUUCAAAUACUAACAAGUCCAGACUGUUUUUUGCAGAUGCCGGAUUUACAUCCACAAGAAAUAUGCAAUUUCGUGAAGACGAAUAUUCAUUCGAUCCAGAUUUUAUGAACUUACAAUAUUCUAAUCAAUUCAAUAAUGAAAUGAAAUCGAAAUAUUUACGAAAAAAAAUAAUCUCUAAAGGUCCAUUAAACCGUACUCAAGGCGUAAUUCAUUCACCUCAAUUCCCGGAACCAUAUCCACCUUCAAUUAUAGCAAUGUAUACAUUUAUAGGUCAACCUACAGAGAUAAUUUUGGUUAAAUUUUUAUUUCUGGAACUUGGUAAUUCUAACAGCUUUGAAAAUGAAAAUAAAUCAUUAGGAGAUUGUAUUCAAUUAUUUGAUGGAAUACAUAUUGAUGAUCCAUUAAUUAUAGAAUAUUGUGAAAAUCAAAUUAUAUAUAUUAAUGAAAAAAAAUUAUAUAAAACAAUUAAAUUUGAAUAUUUUAUAUCAUCAAAAAAUUUAAUGACAUUAAAAUUUAAAAGUGAUCAAAUAACUAAACCAAAUGAAUUAGGUUUUAAAUUAUUUUAUAGUUUUGAAAAACAAAAACAAAAACAAAAAUAUAUUUAUGAAAAAGAAAAUUAUUUAAAAAUAACUGAUCAAACUGAAUUUAUUCAAAAUAAACCGAUUAAUUGUUCAAAAUUAAAGUUUAUUACUGAGAUUAGUUUCAUUCUGCCUAUAAUUAUAUGUUACCAAUUGAAAGAAAACAGAUGA